GGCGGCGGCGGCACCGGCCCACGGAGCCAGUCUAAGAGGACGCGGUAUAAGCUCAGUCAGUCGUCGUGUUCGGCUCGGCUCAUUCGGCACGACCGAUCCCAGCUCCCGAUACACACGCUCGCGCGCAACCUCCGGGCCUUCUCGACUCCGCGCGCGCGAUCUCGAUAUAUUCACUUUUUGUUCGCGAGGCGAGGAAUGCUGUAGACCGCGGGCAAGAUGACCUCGACCGAGGAAAUGAGCGAACUGCUCGCCGGGUUGCCGACCGCCGCGUUCGAGGGGCCGACCAACGACACAGCCAACGACACGCUGGCGGGGGCCGAGGGCGACAUCAACCAGUUCUACUUUUACGAGACGGAGCAAUUUAUCGUCAUGUGGCUGCUAUUCAUCCUCAUUCUGGUCGGCAACUCAGCGGUUUUGGCAGCACUUCUACUGGACAGGACGAGAGCAAAGUCGCGCAUGAACUUUUUCAUCAUGCAUCUUGCCAUAGCAGACCUGAGCGUCGGCCUAAUAAAUGUUCUGACGGACAUCAUCAGCAAACAGACCGUCUCUUGGUACGCUGGGAAUGUGGCUUGCAAGUUUAUCAGAUUCAUGCAGGUUUUAGUAACGUACGCGUCCACCUACGUACUCGUCGCUUUGAGCAUUGACCGCUACGAUGCAAUCAGGCACCCAAUGAACUUCUCCGGCAGUUGGCGGCGGGCUCGCAUCCUCAUCGCCACUGCAUGGAUGCUGAGUGCCCUCUUCUCGGCUCCAAUCAUGUUUCUCUUCGAAGAGCGACUUGUGCAAGGCCAGUUGCAGUGCUGGAUCGAGCUUCCGGAGCAGUGGCACUGGCAGCUGUACAUCACUCUGGUGGCGGUGGCGCUUUUCUUCAUCCCCGCGUGCAUCAUCACCUUCUGCUACGCGGUGAUCGUGGCCACAAUCUGGGCACAGGGAAAAAUCCUCGGCGCCCAGCCUGCCAGGUCUACAAAGGUUUCCAGAGUCAAGACGCCCACCAGGACCAACGGGCACGCCGAAGAGGAAGCAGACUGCAGGCGCGCUAGCUCGCGAGGCCUCAUCCCGCGAGCCAAAAUAAAAACAGUCAAAAUGACACUCGUCAUUGUGUUUGUUUUCAUCAUGUGCUGGAGCCCAUACAUCGUGUUUGAUUUGCUUCAGGUGUACGGGCAGGUGCCGCGGACGCAGACCACCACGGCGGUGGCCACGUUCAUCCAGUCGCUGGCCCCGCUCAACUCGGCGGCCAACCCAGUCAUCUACUGCCUCUUCUCCUCCAGCAUCUGUCGCUCGCUCAGAAAACUUCCUCCUUUGGUUUGGAUUCCGUUUUGCCGGCGGGGCACCGAGUCAAUCCCGCCUGGCGCUCUGAGCAGUUCCUCAGGCUGGAGAGGCGGUCCUGGUGCGCCUGGCAGCGGCGAGAGCACGUCGCUCAGCGAGCUCGCCUCUCGAUCCUCGAGCAGCAAUGCGUAUAGUCGCUCCACCUGUAAGGGCUCCCCGAGAACCAUCGCCGCAUCUAGGCGAAUGCUUUAAAUCGGCAAACCCCAACAACACAGAAAAAACUAAAUGUCCUUUAAAUUAUUUAGGACAUGAACAAAAUUUAAAUGUAUGAUGGUAUAACUUUUACACUUUCAUGUACGUGUAUAUUUAAAGAUAUUUAUGAAGACAAUACCAGUACGCGAGGAGAAUUGUACCGGAUAAAUAUUUAUUUCUGUAAAAAUAAUAUAAUGUAUUUUAAUAUUUGUACACUUAGUGAAGAUAGAGAACAAAUGAUGAGCUAUCUUCUACACCUAAGAGAUGGACUGUACGUUGCUAGAAGAGCUUGCAUGCUUUUAUUUAAAUUGAAUAAGACUGAUGUAAUAAUUUAAGUUGAAUUCUUAUGGUUUAUAGGUACGUUCUUGACAAAAACUCGACAAGAAUGGUGCCAAGUCCUGUAAAUGAAAAUGUUCAGCGUAUUGUUUAUUAGUGUUCUCCAUUUAAUUGUGUCAUUAAAAUAUACAAAUAACGGGUGAUGUGAUGUCUGUAUUGUUUCAAUGUUUGGUGUAAUUACGAUGGAAUUGAAUCAAAUAUAUGCAAAUGACUGUAGAAGAGUUAGUGUAAUAGGUGUAUAUUUGUUUAUUGUCUAGCAUAUUAAACACUGAAUAAAUGUUUGAUGUUGAAA